GCAGCCUGCAGAGGCUAUGUGCUGAGAAAGCGGACAGGCACGGUCUUCCCCUAGGUACACAAAAGCUUCAUUGAGUGUGCAAGACCCAGCCUGACAAAGGCUGGGAGCAGGAAAUAAACAGAAGAACCAUCUCCUGUGGUUGGAAUAUCCAGAAGCAGAGGCACACCAUGAAGACAGACACAAAACUUAAAACUUACCAGGGAUUCUACAGGAGGAAGCAGAAGGAGUUUCCAAGACAGUAAAAGUAUUCUGUAUACUAAUGUUCAUGCACUCAUUGCUUAUUUGUGAGGAUAUGUCUGACAUCUACACUGUCAUUGUGUGAAUGACUACAAGUGUUACCAGACUUGCAUGGCGUAGCAUGCUUCUCAGUUAUGUAAGAUAUAAUGUCACUAUUGAAUGAGUUGUUAUAGUGGUGAACACAUACAACUUUAAUUUUGUCAACACACAUAGAACAUAUGAGCCAGCCAUUUAACUCUUAGAUAUAUACUGCCAAAGAAAGGAAAUUGAUACACUAAAUAGAUAUCCAGAUGUAAUAUCUCAUGCCUAUAACCCAAAAAACUCAUGAGGCUGAAAGAGGAACAUUGUCAUGAGAGGCUAAACUGAGUUUUAUCAUACAUUUCAAGCUUUCCAGGCUGCAGAUGGAUUAAGUCUCUAGAUAACUAACUAACUAAAUAACUAACUAACAACAACAACAACAACAAAAAGAAAUACAUGCACCUAGGUUUAUUGUCAAUUUUUUCUUAAUGCCCAAAUAAUGGAGUUAAAGAUAGGUCAUAGAGAAAAAUGAACUCACUAAAAGUAACCAUGGUAUAUACACAAAGUGGGACUCAGCUGGGGUUGGAGUGACAGACAGACUCAUUUGCUAUAUUAUGGAUGGAAUUGUGUGGAAUGAAUGCCCAAACACAAAGGAAAAAUACUUGUUCUCAGUCCUUAAUAGAACUUUAAAGAUUAUUGUGAUAGGCAUAGAGAGUAGGAUAAUAAGUGCUUGUGGCACAAUGGAGAUUGGAAAGGGAUAGACGAAGUGAGAUGGCAAGUAUGAAAAUAUAGUUAGAUAAGAAUAAUAAGCUUUAUUACUGUGCUGUACAUUAGGAUGAGGAUUAGUUUCAAUAAUUUACCAUGUUUUUAUAGAAAACUAGAAUGAAUUUAUUAUAUGGUUUUUAAUAUAAGGAAACAAUCACUAGUUAAGAAGAUAAAAUGCUAAUUAAUCUUAAUUGGUAAUGAGAGAAUGUGUAGAUGUAACUGAUUAUCACACACAUCUAAGAAGUAUCUAUAAUUAUUAUGAAAAUUAAAAUGUCCUUCAGUAUCAGUAUGACAAUAAUGUGGUACUCAUAUUUGCCAAUCUGAGUACAGAAUUAUACAAACACCUUUCUACUUUCACUGCAAUGUCAUCAUUAAAAAGGAAGGAACUUACAAAAGUUAAACUUACAGAACUUGGCAAUGAUAUGAGUAUCUGGAAUCUUUAUAUUCUGAGAGCAUAAAAUUCCUAACACAACUGUGGAGAGUGCUUCAGAAUCUUACAAACAAAUACCAGACCUUUGACCUCACCACUCACUCCUAGUAAUUUAGCUAAAAUAAAUGAAAGCAUAUGUUACCAAGGACAAGGAAAGGAAUUUACUAAUAACACUGAGUUAUGACUAUCCCAGAUGCUAGUAUAUAAUAGUUAAAUGAAUUAUGGAGUAGCAAACACAAUCCUUUCAAUUUCAGAGCUAGAAAACAAAUUUCUAGUAGGUACAAAAUGUUUGCAUCUUUAAACAGUUCACCAAGCAACAGAAUCUUAAAAAUAAAUGGCAUAUAAAUAUUGCUGACUUUUAUAAAAAAUAAAAACUGGCUUAGUGGCUAGGUAAAUUGAACACAAAGCAGAAGAGGAAAUUUUUGCUUUUGAAUGUAGAAUAAUGGCUACAGUGGCAAAUGAGAAUUAUCUUUAAUGAUGGAAAUAUCCCUUUGAAUGUUAGAUGUUACAAGAAAGAACUAAUUAAAAUUAUCUUACAUCUGUGCACUUUAUUGUAUGUUAAUUACAUGAAAAAUUUCAGGGUUUGUGCAUCCCUGCUUUAGUGACUAAGGCUGCUGCCUUUGGCUAUCAGCAUACUAUAUUAAAAAAUCUGCAUUCUACUAUCUAUUGCUAAAUCUUAAGCAAGUAAAUUAACAUUCUGAUCCUACACCAUUUGUAAACAAAAUGAAACCAAAUACUUAAAAAAUUUGUUUAAUAACAAAUAGUAUAUAUAGAGAUCUGUGAGCAAUAUUUUAUCAAAUAACAAUCAUUCAGUAAAUAAUAAUGUCCCCAUCUUAAUGGAGACCUUAUAAUUUUUCUUUCAACUAUUUUUAUGUCUGGUAUCUUGGAUGUUAUUUCAUUCUCUUACACAGUCUAUUUGAAGAUUAUUCAAGAGUCUUCUUUUGUUGUUGUUGUUGUUUCAUUUCACAGAUACAUUUACCAUGACAGUUACACACUACCUAUGUUCUGAGCAGAAGUGAUAAUAUCUGUAUGGAAUGAACAAUAAAAUCUUGCAUUGAGGUUCUUGUACGUAGUUGUAUAUAAUGCACAUUUCUAGGCAUCUACUGAAUGGUAGAAAAAGGGGGUUUCAUAAGCAAAUGAUUUGUGAGUUGUGAAAACUACAGCUUACUUUCCUCACUUCAGAAUAUCUAUUCAAACUCUCCCACGUAAACAGGAGACCCAGGGAGUCAGCUCUGCUGCUGAGAUCUCACAGAUUCAGUCUGCAGCCCCUUACCGACUGAUCUGUGUUCUCAGUGUUAACUAGAGCGCCAAAGCAAAGCUCCUGCAAGCUUUUAAAUCAAACACUGCUCCGAUGACACAAGGGGAAAUCUUCUUUCUUCCAUUCUUGCACCAUUUUCUCACAUCUAUUAUACACUGCCUUAUGUAACUGAAGGGAUAGACAGAUGUGAAAAUUUCAUGAGUGUUUCAUAUCCAUUUACGUUGUGUUUUCUAUGAAUUUUCUUGAAUUUUCAAGCUCUUCUUGAGGAACAGGAAUAUUUGGCUCAGUUAUUGAGGAAAAGGACUGGACUUGCAUAAAGGGAUAAUGGGGAACUCUGGAGGCUGAAAGACUUCACAAAUUAAAAAAAAAAGAACUCGGAUUUGGCAUUCAUAUAGCUCUCUAGUCUGGAUAUACUUGAAUUUUUGUGUUUUAACAUGCUCAGUUUACAUAGGGAAUCAUGUGCUUCUUGGCAUGUGGGUACUAUUUGAGCCACGAGCACUAAGUGAUCAGCAUCUACAGAUCUACGUUUUGAGGAAGUGCCCACCUUUACCAGCCCCUCUACCACAACCAAAUGUUCCAUACUCAUGCUUUUCUGUUGUUGAUGCAUGUUACCAAGGAGUGGCCACUGUACAGGCUGUGAGAUAUUUAUCACCUGUUUCUAAUUAUAGCUACAUGUUUCUCUUUGUCACCCUGAACCAUUCCUAAUCAUUUCUUUGUGGCUUGUAUGUUGUCUGUUGACAAAAUUAGAUGCUCUUUCCAUAAAGCAGGUUUAGUGGAAGUUGAUGUGAUAUGGCAGAACUAUUCAUUGAUGUCGAAAUCAGAGAGAAUAAAAGUGCCCUAAUGAACACCGUUUGCCAUGUGGGAUGCCCUACAAUUUGGCAGACUGAAAUCCAAAUCUGUCACCAUUCUUGACAACAAAUGGUUAGUGGGAAAACUUAAUCUGAUGUGUUUAUUUAUGUGAGUUAGCAUAUGAGGAAAAUGAACCAGCUUUCAUCAAACCACCCACAGUUAGAGACAGCCAUGUGGCAGAUCUCAUAAUAGGGAGCAAAAGGGUUAUGUGUUUAUUCUAGGUUCUUCUCAAAGGAAUUUAUCCCCUGAUUUCACAAUUCCUGUACAGAUGGGGGCUAUGAACCUGAGGUGAGGAAUGAAACUGAAAAUCAUGACAGCAGUGCAGUGUUCAUUCUACAGAAAGCCAUUUCUGUUUCGAGGGCAACCUUGUUUUGCAUGUACACAAAAGUGAUAGAUUGUCAUGAAUCACUGGUGUAACAUGCUUUCAAAGGCUAGAUAGUCUCUGAAAUAUGAGCCCCAAAUUCUGCUAUAAUUAUUUAUUUAACAAACAGUCAUCCUGGGGCACAUUUCUUGUUUAUGGUCCACCAGUUAAAAACAAACAAAAAUGUUUAGGAACAUUUGCUGAAGGUAUCUUAAGAGUUGGGUACAGCCUUCAACACUCUCUUCUGCCCCCUUGUGGUGUCUUUCCUCACGUUGGAUUACUACCCUAAGCUGCAAACCAUUCCUUCUGAAGGAAUCGUAAUUUAAUUACCGUCUAUAUACCGCUAAAAUUGCCCAACUAAACUGAGAUUGCCGCUUAAUUUUUAGGAGAAAGAAUACCAAUAUGAAGUAAUUUUGGUGGUUCCUUCUUUAUUUGUUUUAACGUGGCAUGUAUCCAUUGUUGAGCUGAUUUUUCCAGAAAACUUUCCUUGUACUCUGCAUUUUUCUAGAAAUAUAUGGAAAGAUUCCUAUCCUGUUUGCUAAUCUCCAGCACAUUGCUUCAUUUUUGAUUUUUAGGAUGUCUUUCACACUCUAUUGCCUCAUCUCACCCACUUCAGAGGUGGAUUUUCCCGCGUUAAAACGGCUGGCUGCCUCUGUGAAAUUCUGUUAAUUUAUUUCCAAGAUUCCUUUUCUUUCCUCUUUAAUUGGCUCAUCUUUUCUUUACCUUACUCUACGAUGUAGUCAGUAUUCUUGUAGAUGAAUUUAGAUUUCUUUUUCCCCUCUGAACACUCGUUUAAACAAUUGUAUUCACUACUGCUGCUAUGUUUUGAUAAUGAAUGGGCAAAGUUGAUUUUCAGAUUCUCUUAAUGAAUAUAGUUAUAAUAGACCACCUAGGUUAUCCCUGGGUUGACUGACCCAUGUCCUAGCAAAUAUUCAUCAGUUCCCUUACCCUGUGCUUGCUGCCCUUCAGUUACCUGACAGAAAAAACUACUCCAGGAAAUUCACACACCCGAGGCAGAUACCUGAAUACAAUCCCCAUUUUUUUCUACACCUUCGUUAAAUUGUAAUAGAUGUCUCGAAUAGCUCCCCAGUCCCUCUUACGUCAAUGUGCUUCAUUUCUGAGCUCAGACCACACCACCACCCCCACCUUUGGACAUGUUCCAUGUUGCUAGUGGUUUGUCCCCACUUCAUAAUGCAGCGCAGUGAUUUUUUUUGAACCGUAAAUCUGUCCCUGUCACUUGCCUAUAUAAACUCUUGCUUAUAGAGUAUGAACUAGCUGAGUUGAGGAUCUAUAGCGCAGGAGAAGGGAUCUUGAGUCAGUCAGGACUUUGGUAGACGCCCCUCUGAACAAUCCACUUGUGGUGGUCGGGGGCGGAGAAGGGGCGGGAUUGAGCCCCCUCCCCCCUCCUUCUUACUGCGGAGAGCUGCAGAGCCAGCCGACACUCAGUGUGAGCUGCGCUGCGAGCUGUGAGCUGAGAGCUGUGAGCUGCCUGGCAGAGUAAGCCAGGCAGUAGCACUUAGCUGAAAGCUGCGGUGCCAGCCAGGCAUCGCUCGCUGAGAGUUGCGGUGCCAGCGAGGCAGUGCUUACUGAGAGCUGCUGAGAGAGCCCGGUAGCGCUCGCUGAGAGCCGCGGAGAGACCCGCGGAACCAGCCAGUCGGCACCCGCUUUCAAGCUGGAGGGGGAUCCUGGACAGCCACGUCGGCAUGCUCAGCACUGGAAGAAAAAGCGCAACAACCGGAGACGGGCCGCCGCCAGUCAAGCAAGGGACAUGUCGCAGCUAAGUACGAAUCUGGGUGAUUCCAGCCCUCCGGAGUCCCCAGUGCCUGCAGUCCAUAGCCGCCCUACGGUUCUGAUGCGGGCCCCGCCUGCUUCCUCCCGGGCUCCUCCUGUCCCUUGGGAUCCACCUCCAGUGGACUUGCAGGCUCCCCUGGCUGCUUGGCAGGCUCCUCAGCCUACAUGGGAGGCUCCGGAGGGCCAGCUGCCUGCCCCAGUGGCUCAGCUGGCCCAACCUCCUGCUCUAGGGGCCCCAAUGGUCCAGGCUCCGCCGCUCGGGGGGGCGAUGGCCAAGCCUCCAACUCCUGGAGUCUUGAUGGUCCAUCAGCCCCCUCCGGGAGCCCCUAUGGCCCAGUCUUCAACUCCGGGAGUCCUGAUGCUACAUCCUUCUGUCACGGGGGGCCCUUUGGCUCAUCCUCCUCCCCCAGGAACCCCGAUGACACACCCUCCCGGGACCUCGAUGGCGCACCCUCCUCCUCCCCCUCCUCCUCCUCCUCCCCCUCCUCCUCCUGGGACCCCGAUGACCCACCCACCUCCUCCUGGGACCCCGAUGGGUCACCCUCCUCCUCCUGGGAACCUUAUGACCCAUCAUCCACCGGGGAUGCACCCUCUCCCUCCUGGGACCCCGAUGGUCCAUGGGGGACCACAUGGAACUCCAAUGCCGCAUGUUCCCAUUACGGGGACACCGAUAGCCCAGCAGCCAACUCCAGGAGUCCUGAUGGCCCAGCAGCUGACGCCGGGAGUCCUGAUGGUCCAGCCGACUGCUCCGGGAGCUCCGAUGGUCCAGCCUCCUCCACAGGCAGCCUUGAUGACCCAGCCUGCACCUUCGAUUACGACGAUGGCCAAGCCUGGUGUCGUGAUGAUCCACCCUCCAGGUGCCAGAGGUCCCAUCAUUCAGACUCCAGUGUCAGGAGCACCAAUGGCACAGACAGUGCUGCCCCCUGGGCAGCCUCUGGCUACUUGGGCCCCACAGGGUCAGCCUUUGAUCCUACAAAUCCAGUCUCAAGUCCUAAGGGCUCCUCCACAGGUUCCCUCUGUACCACAAGUUCCCCAGGUACAGCUGGCCACACCCCCAGGCUGGCAAGCCACCACACCCAACUGGCAGGUGACCCCCCAGGGGUGGCCGGCGACGCCUUUGACUUGGCAGGCUACACAGGUGACCUGGCAGGCCCCCACAAUAGCCUGGCAGACCACUCAACCUGUGCGCCAAGGGGCCUCAAGCAUUCGUACUGGUCACACACCCAUUCGACCUGGACCACCUCCAGUGCUUCGCCAGAUACCUCCUAUGAUGCGGCAGAUCCAACCUGUGAUGCGGCAAGCCCCACCACUGAUCCGACAGGUCCCUAUCAGACCAGCUCCACAUGGCAUAGCAAGCCAGACUCAGCUGUGGCAAGUCCUGCCACCCCCACCUCCACUGCGUCAGGCUCCACAGGCUCGUCUACUGCUCCCCAGGGUACCAGGAACAGGACAGGUGUCUACAGUGUCACCAGUUGCUCAGAUACAUUUGGUGCCACAGUCAGGCCCACAGGUGCCCCAGACAGUACUGCCAGCCCAACUUUCUAUCCCAAUUCCUGUACCCCAGGCUGCUGCUCAGUCUGCCUCCCGGGCUGUGCACUGCCCAUCCAUCAUCUGGCAGGCCCCCAAAGGCCAACCCCCGGUGCCACAGGAGCUCCCGGUCCCACAGGAGCUCCCGGUGCCACAGGAGCUCCCGGUCCCACAGGAGCUCCCGGUGCCACAGGAGCUCCCGGUCCCACAGGAGCUCCCGGUUCCACAGGAGCUCCCAGUGCCACAGGAGCUCCCGGUUCCACAGGAGCUCCCGGUGCCACAGGAGCUCCCGGUGCCACAGGAGCUCCCAGUGCCACAGGAGCUCCCAGUGCCACAGGAGCUCCCAGUGCCAUUGGAGUUCCAGGAGGUACAGCAGGCCCAGGCAGUGGGCUGGCGGGCACCCAAGGUACCUACUCACUUCUGGCAGUCUGUGCCUACCCAGGAGGCCCAGGAGCAGGCCCCUCAGAUCACUCAUGUGGAGCAGCAGCAGCCCUUUCAGGGAGCUCAAGCCUCCUCCAGGGCACUGCCAACUCAGCUGCCUACCCACCAGGCCCAAGCCACAGGCCUACAGGCAGAACUGCCUUCAGUGCAACUGCAGCCUUCUUGGCAAGGCCCACUGCCCAUGUUGCAGGCCCAGCCUGGAGCCUCUGCCGCACCGGCAAAUUUUCCUCGAGGCUCCACUCGAUCACGUGUGGCUCCAUCAGGAGAACCUGGCCCCUCUUCUCUAGAACCUCGGGGCCCUCCUAGGGAGCGUAGGGCACCUGCAAGGGACAAAAAGGGUCCUCCAAAAGAGCGUAUGUUCAUUGGUGCCACUUUCUGUGCUCCAAGGGGAGCAUCAGCAUCCAGGGCAUACGUGCCAACUGCCUGGAAAAACUUGCCUGCCACAGCAGAGACCUUUCCUGCCACUUCAAGGGUCUUUCCAUCUACCUCUCAUUUCCAGCCUGCCUCUUCUGAUGCCAUUAGAGGCCCAUCUGCCACCUCAGAGAGCCCAAAGUCACUGCCAUUUGCUCUGCAGGAUCCUUAUGCCUGUGUAGAGGCCCUGCCUGCAGUUCCCUGGGUUCCAUAUACUGAUGAAAAUGCCUCAUCAACAUGUAAGUCAGUGCCUGCCAUCCUGAUGGUGGCAGCAGCUGCCCCCCAGGCAAGUGCCACUGCUGCAGAGGCCUCCAAGACUUCAGAGCCGCCAAGACGCCCUGGCAAAGCCACCAGGAAGAAGAAGCACCUGGAACCCAAAGAAGACAACUGUGGCCACAGGAUGCCCUCACGUGACUGGCGGGGCCCCCGAACCUGGGACAAUCCCAGUCAUUCUGACUGGGAGAUUCAGAGGGCGAUGCAGCUCCUGGGGGACCGGGAAUCCCUCUACACUCCACAGGGCCUGAAUGACUGGGGGUGCCCCUCCACCUCUAGGAUGCCAAGGAGCUUGGAGGGCCCUAGCACUUCACGGGACCAGGAAUUCUGUGGUGCCUCGGGUGGGUCUCAGACAUGGAUGGCUUCUGAGGUCCCAAGUGUCUCUCGGGGAUCCAGUGCUGCUCAGGAGGACCCCGAUGGGGAGAGUCAGCCAUUGUCUCCCUUAGAUGAGAGAGCAAACGCUUUGGUGCAGUUUCUCUUGGUCAAAGACCAAGCCAAGGUGCCUGUCCAGCUCUCGGAGAUGGUAAAUGUUGUCAUCCGAGAAUACAAAGAUGACAGCUUAGACAUCAUCAACCGUGCCAACACUAAGCUGGAGUGCACCUUUGGUUGUCAACUGAAGGAAGUUGACACCAAAACCCACACGUACAUCAUCGUUAACAAGAUGGCGUACCCUCAGUGUAAUUUGCUGGCAUCCUAUUUAGAGAGGCCGAAGUUCAGCCUCCUGAUGGUGGUCUUGAGCCUCAUCUUUAUGAAAGGCUACUGUAUCAGGGAGAAUCUGCUCUUUAGUUUUCUGUUCCAGUUAGGGCUGGAUGUCCAGGAGACAAGUGGUCUUUUCAGAAUUACAAAGAAGCUCAUCACCAGUGUGUUUGUGAGACACAGGUACCUAGAGUACAGGCAAAUCCCGUUCACUGAGCCUGCAGAAUACGAGCUUCUCUGGGGCCCCCGGGCAUUCCUCGAGACCAACAGGGUGCACAUCUUGAGGUUUUUGGCCGCACUCUAUGAGAACCAGCCCCAGAUCUGGUCAUGCCAGUACCCUGACUCUUUGGCAGAGUUAGAAUACAAGGACGCAAACGACGACGAGUCCCAUGACAGCGAUGAUGAUUCCCUCGACCCCACCAGCAGUCCCCAUCCUCACUAAUAGGUGUUACUAAGAUGAUUUUAUACCUGUGGGUCCAAGGCCAAAGGCAACAGACAGUGGGGGGUGGGGGGACAUUGUGCUUUCUGGUGUUUUUUGGUAUUGUUCUGUGUGUGUAAAUCUACAGCCUGUUUUAUAUUUGCCAAAGCUUUUGUACAGUUUUGUGAAAUGUUGAUUUAAACUGGCUGCUGUAUUGUUUUGUAUUUUCGUGUCUGUACUUUUUAAAUGAGAUUUGUGGUUCCCUGUUUGGUGUCCUAACUGUAAUGUUAUAGUAUCAGAGUUGUGCUACCUUUGUGAAAUGAAAUGACAGUCUAUUUGUCUCGUUUUGUUUAUGUAAAAUCAGAAUGUUCUUGGAUGUUAAUAUGACUCAUCAGUAAAAUACUGUCUGGAGAAAAGUGAAGUUCUAUAUCUAUAUAAAUAUACUUUUAGCAUAA